CUGAAGGCGGAUAUGGAGUGUGGAGAACCUUGAGAGAGUUCUUAGUUGUGAUAGCUUAGGUCUGUGUGCGUGUUUUCGUCUGGUGUGAUUGGUAUAGGCUUUUACGGAGUGUAAGAUAGCAAAAUAACAAUAAUUUUAUCAGUGAGUCACACUAUACACGAAAGAUAUAUCACGAAAUUAGCCUAUAAUGGCAAAGCUGCAUGGAGACCGUAGCUAACCGAAGCGCUGUGACUAAGCAUGGCCCAGUGACACAACUCCUGUUAGUGCCACGAAAGCGUGUGAGGGAAUCUUAGCGAGUGCUUUGUGUCCGCUGUUGCUCUAAAGGAAGAUUUUCAUUAGCAACAAAAUGUUAAGUGUGAUAAAUGAGAUGUGACGGCGGAGUGAUGUGGAAAUGGCUUGCAGUCCCGUGAUCGACGCGAGGAAAUCAGUAGAGGUGAAAAUAGCGCGCGUUCCAAUUUGGACAUUCCUUCAGCGUCUCCGUCCAAGAUGAAUGUUUACGCCUGUUUGUGGAUUAUUUUGCCAGGUCUACUACAGUGUGCAACCCCCAUCAAACCGCCCACGCUCCUUCGCAUCGGGUCACACGAGUGGGAGUUCACGGACGAUGAACUUGUGAACACCACCUUCCAUCGUCUCAAAACGGAUGGGACUGAUGAUGACGAUGACAUCUCCUUCUCCUUGGAUAGUGCGGAUGGCAUCCACACAUUUUUCAGAGUGGAUGAGGAUGGGCGUGUCUUUAUCUCGAAGCCGUUAACAGGGGCGGUAGGCGACCACAUCCUCCAGGUCUACGUGCACAACGGCCACAGCAGCUCCAUGACACACAUCCGCGUCAGGGUCAGGAAGAAGGGAGAGUCCCCCCAGAAGAGGCCGCCCAUUUCCCUCGGCGGCCUGCCCUUUGGCCACGGGGGAGGGAAUUUUGCGGGCGUGGGAACUCCGUACUUCCCUGCGAACAUCGGCGGAGGGUCGACGCUGCCGCCGUCCGCCUUUGGGCCGGCCGAUGAGCCUCCUCCGUUCAUCACCGUGAACCCCAACUGGUACGUCAAGGCGGACGCGGGAAUAGGAACCGUCGUAGGAAAUAUCCACGUGACGGAUAUAUCCUCGUCGGGAUUGUCCUUCAACGUCACUCUCCAAGGCUAUGCGAAGGACCUGCUCCGCGUGGAUUCGAAAGGCGGGGACGUGACAGUGGCUCGACCCUUGACGUAUAUGGUCGGCAGGCACCCUCUCGUGGUAGUCGCCUCUAGUGGAGGCAAGAGUGCCACAGAGCCAGUGACACUCAACAUCGAGAAAGGCACGACGGUGGCAGCCACCCCCACCCCCACCCCGACCCAGCCUCCAACAUCCUUUAGCAUCCCCAAAGACACGACCAAGAGCUACCAGGACCUGAGGGUCAUCGGGAACAGUGCCGGAAACUCGGAAACGUCGUCGUCGUCGUCGUCCUCGUCCUCGUCCUCGUCCGAUUCCUCAACGACCGAGUCCCCGAAGGAGGCGUCCAGCGAAGGGAGCCUGAACCUGAUGGUGAUUCCGAUUGUGCUGGUGGUCGGGGUGUCUCCGGUCCUGCUGGCUGCCUUGUGGUACUGGAGGAGGCUCAGGAGGAGGAAGGCCAGGGCGGAGGCCAAGGAAAGCGCAGUGGUAUACACAGAGAAAGGCAUCGAGGCAGGAGCCACAGAGAACGCAGAGGGGACGAACGAAGAGAGAGAAAGAGCAGGAAACAGAUUUAGCAUAGGAGUUACUGCUCUCUGGCGAAGAAGGGCAGAGAGUAAUAAAUACGAGGAUGGGGUGAAAGGGGAACAGAAAGGGAAGAGGAAAGUAAGCCAGUUGCCACCAAACGCCGACGUGUGGGAAUUUCCUCGACACCGACUGAAGGUUAUGGAUAUUCUAGGGGAAGGAUGCUUCGGUCAGGUGUGGAAGUGCGAAGCGAUCGACCUGCAAGGCAAAGGCACGAUGCUAGUGGCGGUGAAGACCCUGAAGGAGUCGGCAGGAGACAGGGAGCGCCAGGACCUCGUGCAGGAACUGAAGGUGUUGAAGAGCUUGGGAAGUCAUCUGAACGUCGUGUCUCUCCUGGGAUGCUGCACUGAGAAAGACCCGAUUUUCGUGAUCCUCGAGUACAUGAUCGGAGGGAAACUUCAGAGUUACCUAAGGGCCUCGCGAGCCGACACGCCCUACGACAACCUCCACGGCUCCUCCUCCUCCUUGACCCCGCAUGACCUCAUCCACUUCGCCUACCAGAUCAGCAGGGGCAUGGAAUUCCUCGCCAGGAAUGGGGUCAUCCACCGAGACUUAGCAGCUCGCAACAUCCUAGUGGGUGAGGACAAGAUCUGCAAAGUGGCCGAUUUUGGCUUCGCGCGGGACGUUGCCAAUAACCGGGUUUACGAGAGGAAGAGCGAUGGAAGAUUGCCUAUCAGAUGGAUGGCCCCUGAGUCUCUCUUCGAUAACAUCUUCACUACGAGGUCUGAUGUCUGGAGUUUCGGCGUCUUGCUGUGGGAGAUUGUCACUCUUGGCUCCACACCCUACCCUGGCAUGGGAGCUGCUGAGGUCAUGAGGAAGGUCAAGGCAGGUUACCGCCUGGAGAAACCCGAGCAUUGUCGUAGAGAGAUCUACAACAUCAUGUACUACUGCUGGGACAAGGAUUCCAAAGAACGACCUUCCUUUACCGAGCUUGUGCUGACACUAGAGGGCCUUCUUCUGUCAGAGGUCGAGUACAUUGAACUUGAUCGCUUCCCCGAUCACUCGUACUACAACUUCACCUCCGAGAACACGAGCGAACUACUCUAAAGCCUGGUUCUCUGGGGUGGGUAUUCAACGAAACGAAAACCACGACAAAAUACGAUAAAAAAAAUGAAAGUUAGAGAGGUGUUGUCAUUAUGAGCACGUGGUUGUUAUAAAAAAAAAAAAAAAAAAAAAAAAAAAAAAAACGAGGAGUGGUUUUCAGGUUUGAGGAAAAAACAAACAAUAAAACACAUAUCGGAGAGCUGUUGCUCUCAUGAGGAUGAGGUUGUUGUUAAAAAAAGAAAACGGAGAGCUGUUGUUGUUACGAUGUGGUUGUUAUUGUAGAUAUGUGGUUGUUUGCAAUGUGUGUCUGUGGUUAUCUUUGCAAUGGAUCAUAACACAUGUGGAUUCUGUGGUUCUGGAUGCGGGAAUAUUAUCUCUGCCAGUUGUGUUAUUUCUUAUAGCAAAUACUCUUUUCUCCUGCUAUAUUCAGGAAGUGAUCUAGGCUGAGAACGUUUAAAAAAGGGACCGUAAACAUCACCUUCUUCGCUGUAGUAAGAUAAUUACCUGCUUAAUUUUUGUGGCGUUUUUCUCGAAUAAAGAUCUUGCAGGUUGCCUUUUCACUACAUAUGAACUGUUAUAUUAUUCUGCAUCGAACCAUAUGUGAAUAUGUGUAAGGCAUAGAUGUUAUAUAAUAUUUGCUAUGAAUCUUUGAACUACUGUUUAAGAAUUCAGUUUGGUAAUUUUUCCCACCAGAGACAUCUAUAUAUUUUAAUAAUAAUAAAAUAAAUGUGCUUUCCUCUAUAUUGUAUGCUUGUAAUGAUAGCAAAAUAUUUCCUAUUGCUGAUAUAUUUGUUAGGGUAAAUAUUUUUUUUCACACAAUGAAAAAAUAAUGCUAAUGUUUCGUUUUGACAAUACAUUAGAUAAAAAAUGUUGAUACACAUGCCACAAAUAACAUACCUACAGAAUGAACAUCGCUAGUCUCUUGUCACAAAUAUUUUCACGAUGCAUGAAUGAGAAACUCUUGUUCUCAUGAAUGUUCGUGUGAGGCCACGAACGGGUUACUCUCUUCUCAAUGAAAAGCAGGCUGAAAAUGGCAUGUGGUAUUUGCAUUGCUUCACUCCAGUGUCUCUACUGAAAUUUCAGUCGCACGCUCGCGCGCGCGCGCACACACACACACACACACACACACACACACACACACACACACACACACACACACACACACACACACACACACACACACACACACACAAACACACAAUCACUCAUACACACACACACAUACCAUCUGUAAAAUGUAACAUCUCUUGACAAUAGAGUGAAUAUAAAGCUUCCUUUACUAAAUAUGGUGCUCAGGUCAUCAGGAUAAGUUGAGUGCAAUGUCUUCAUUGUGACAAAGUAUAUAACAUAGCAGUUUAUAUAAAAUUUUAUUUAUGAAAAUGGAUUAACUCUAUUUUUUAACUAAGCUUGUGUGUAUAUAGUUCCCAUUAAUAUUAUGAACAGUCAGAGUAAGCCAAAAUAACCACAGUAUAUUGAAAGCUUGGUAAAGUAAGGAUGCUAUUGAUGUUGUUUUUUUAUUAUUAUCAUUGAUGUUAUUAAGGAAAACAUCAUCAUCAUUAUUAUUAUUGUAAGUGUUGAUGAUAAUGAUAAUGAUUCUGUAGUAGUAUUUAGAUGCAACUAUUGUUCUAUUAUAAUGAUAAUUUUUAGUCAUUAUUAUUAUUGUUAUUAUUAUUAUUAAUAUUAGCAUUAUUGCUACUCCAAAGGUGUUGAUGAUGAUAGCAAUAGUUAAAUGAAACUGUUGUAAUACUAGUGUUGUUAUUAGAAGUAGAUAUAACAAAUUUACACAGAAAAUAUAUUGGUUAAUCCAUUUAAAAUCUAUUAUUUUGCAUUAAAAGUUACUUUGAACAGCGGAUAAAAAGUAGUAAAUAAAAAGUAGUAAAUAAUGAAUAUUAUGAUGUAAAAGAAAUGUGUAAAUCCUACUUUUGCUAUUUUUUUUCUAUAAUAAUGGAUGUGGUGCUAGUCUUUUGUGUCACAAAUGUUGAAAGGUAAUGCUAUGAAGCCAAUAAUACACAACACCAAAAUUCAUCAUUUUUUUGUAUAUACUGACAGUGUGAUAUUUUGUAAGUUUAUUUUCCUAUCAAUGUAAUUGUUUCUUUAUGAUUAUGUAUGAUUUCAAAUUGCUUAUCCGAGAAAAAUCUACGUUUCCUCAAACUGUAUAGUUGCACACUGUACAUUACCCUUAGCUAGUAAAUAAAACUAAAACCGAACAAAAAUACAACGUUUCGGUAAAAAAAAAACUAGACUCAUCUUCAGGUAUAAGCAACCAGAAAGUACACAUGCUAGAUAGACAUCAGAUAGAGAAAGGGAACACGUAAUUUCUUUAAGAGGGUGAUCUGCUUUGAUUCCCAUGCUGUUUCAAAUUUAUUAUUAUCUCUUACUGUAUUCCCCCACACCCCUGUAUCAUCUCAUUUUUGUUCUCUUCACACGUUACUGUGUUUGUAUUUCCAAGUCAGAGUUGAUCAUUACAGCCUCAGAAUAUCUAAGGACCAUCUUACUAUGUGUUGUGCUUACUUCCUUACAUCAUGUUCAAGUCAGGACAAUAAGAGAGGCUGCACUCUGUGUUCGCUUCUUGUGUAUAUUUAUUUAUCAUUGUUGUGUAAGUCUUGUGUCCUCAAUACGUUUUCUUUAAUUUUGUAAUCAAUAAAGUUGUUGGAACUGA